GGACACAGAGGAUCACCGAUCAACAGAAAAAGCAGAAGACGUCGGCUUGGUCAUGUGAUCAGCUGUGUCCAAUCAUAGCUGAUCGCAUGUGACAUGUACACUGAUCAUCAGGGCACUGAUGAUCCAUGUGCCCUGAUGAUCAGUGUAGCCCCAGCAGUGCCACCUGUCAGUGUCCAUCAGUGCCAUAUCAAUGCCACAUAUCAGUGCCUACCAGUGCACAUCAAUGCCACAUAUCAGUGCCCAUCUGAGCUGCCUUUCAGUGUCACCUAUCAGUGCCAGUCAGUGCCACCUAUCAAUGCCAGUCAGUGCCACAUAUCAGUGCUGCCAAUCAGUGCCACCUAUCAGUGCCAGUCAGUGCCACCUAUCAGUGUGCAUCGG